AUGCAAACAUACACUAACAACGCAAAUAAUAGCUUUAAUAAAUUAGGUUCCUCUCAGUCAGUAAUUAGUAAAAACGGCUCUAUUUUAUCAUAUACGCAAAAUAACGAUUAUAAUAGUCACGCACCCCCUUCGGCUAAUCUAGACCCUUCAGAUAACUCUAGAAGACUCUCAGACAAUACACAACUUUUAAUUUCAGCAGCAAGUAUAGUAUCUCAAGAAAAGACUAUAAUAGCACCACCAAAUUCUGCAAAUAAUUCUUUAACAGAAGAAAAUCAAAAUACAAUGCAUCCACAAUUAAACACCUCCUCUCUUUCUAACGCAAUUUGUAAUCAAAUGCCUUCUUUAGAUUCUUCAAGAUUUGUACCUUCUAUUGUUCCUGGAAUAGCAUCCACGCCAUAUCCUCAAACACAACAACAGCAAUAUAGUGUAAAAGGUAAUAGCAUAUAUCAGCUUCCAACUAUAAAUUAUGGCCAUUCGGAUAAUAGCCCGCUUCAUAGAACUCAAUUAGUACCUCCACAUUAUACAAUAUCAACCAGUAAGAGUAAUAAUAUUCCACGACAACCUUCAUUAAACGAAAACAACAAUAGCCCAACUAGUGCAUUACCUACUGCUGUUCCAAUACUCAAUAAUGCUGAGAACAGUAGAUAUACAACUCCAACAUCAAACCCAACCUCAAGCUCUGAUUCAAAUUCAAAUUCUAUAAUACCUCUUUAUAAAGGUAAAGAAUUCAUAUUCACUAAUACAACCCCAAAUAACAUCACCUCUACAAAUUACCAAUCUUCUUAUAAAACCUGUGGUAAAAUAAAAACAAAAUUAAAAAAUGAAGGUUCGGUAUCUUCCAUAGAAUCCCUACCAAAUGCUUCUAAUAAUCUUACCCCAACAGAUGAAAAGAACCCUAAAAUCUCAAUUGGUGUUUUAUCUCCAAAAUCAAUACAAAAUAAUACGGACCAAAGUGGUGCUGGUGAAAGGAAUGACAGCAUUCAAGAUUCAAAUAAUAAUAGUUUUAACACUAGUUUAAAUAGUAACAUCAAGAUGAAUGAUUUGAUCAGUAUAAAUGAUAUUGAAGAAAGCAUUGAAUUAAUUAAAAAUUUAAAUUCAGUUAUACCGCCUGUCGGAAGUCUAGUAAAACCAAUUAGAGAUAACUCCCCUAUCGAACCUGUUGUGAUUGAUUAUUCAGUUAUUAUUGAUUCAGGUACAAGAAAUAGAAAUAAAGAUUUAAACAAACUAAUUAAUGAUGUUAAUGAAGGCUACCUAAAAGCUGAAACUUUAUGCAAAUAUAAUACUACAGAAUUUGUUUCAGUCAAACUAUGUGAAGUAGUUCAAUUAAAGGAAGAAUUUCUUCUGAUGUUAGAAACAUAUAAUGUAAAAGAAGAUGAUAGUCAUAAUAAAAUAUUAGAUCUUUUUGUUGGAUUAGAUAAUGAAACUUAUAAAAAAUUAUUUGAAAUUAUUGAAUAUGUUAAUACAGCUUUUAGUAUAUCGGUCGCAUUAAAAUAUAGAUUAGAAGAAUUGGGAUAUGAUUUAAAUAAAAAUUCUAAUCUAAAUCAAAAUAGCUUAAAAGAUAAUUGUGCUAUUAAUUCUGGUUCAUUAAAAGUUCACAAUUUAUUAAAUCAUUCUACAAACACAAGCACUAACAUUGAGAAAUUAAAUGAUAAACAAUAUAGUCAAACAUCAUACGAAUCCCCAAAGGGAUCUGUAAGUGAAGAGCCUCAUUGUGUAAUGAACAAUGCUACUAAUUCUUUUACCAAUCUACCUGCCAACCCAAUUUCUCAACAAACAAGUAAUACAUCCAUAAGUUCGAAUUCUGCAAGUGUAGUAGAAAUUUCAAAUAAAGUUACACCUACUACAUCCACAAAUCCAAAUAUGGAAUCGGAUAAACCCUCAAGUGUUCAGAAUAUUAAAAAUGAUAGAAGUUUGCCCAACCCAGCAUUGUUAGAAUGUGUAGGAACAAAAAGAAGUAAUAGUAUUACACUUUCGCAAUUAAGUCGUUCAGGUAAAAGAUCAAUUUCUAAAAACAGUAUACUAGGUCAAUCUGAAAAUUUAUUUCAAAAUGGCAAAUAUGUUACAAGAGAUCCUAAAUCCACUCAAGUUUCUAAUAUAAAUUCAAUAAUUAAUAAGGAUGAAAAAGAUAACGGCUUAAAUUUGUUGUCAAAUAACUUACCAUCAGAUAUACAGCAACCUACUCCUAUCCCUCCCCAGCUUCCACAAUAUCAACGAAUUGUACAACAGCAACAACCGCAACCACCACAACCACAUCCACAACCACAUCCACAACCAUCACAGCAACAAAAGCAACUUUAUUUCCAAGGUCAGCCUCAGCAUCCCUCUCAAGUUCAAUAUCCUCCUCCAAUGUAUCAUCAGACACAACAUAUUCCACAGAAUAUGUACGCACAAUCUAGACUGCAUGUUGUACAACAACCGCAACCACAGCUACCACAGCAAUUACCAGUUCAUCCACAUCCACAUCUAAAUAUGCAAGGGCAAAAUCAACAUUUAUUUCAAGGUACAUCAAGAUUGAGUUUCCAAGGCCAACCUCAAUCUCAAUUUAACACUCAACACCAUAUUCAUCAAAAUCCAUUGCCAUUACAACAAAAUCAAAUCAUGUAUCCAAACCAACUUAUUUCUUCAAAUAUUCAGCAUGGUUCAAUUCAAGACCCAAAUUUAUCUCAAUCACAAAUCCAAUUUCAAGUACAACAGUUUAAUCAGCAAGGCAUUCCUUUCCAGAAUGGAUCAAUUCCAAGAGUUAUUCCUAAAAAUAUUAGGAAUAUUGAACAUUUAUUACAAAAUCAAAAUACUAAUGUUAAUAUUACUAAUGAUUUGAAAAAACAACUUACUUUGAAAAAUAAAUCUAAAAAUAAAGUUUUAAAACCACCUAGAAAGAAGUCAACUUCUUUAAAGAAAGAUUCGAAUGAAAAAAUUGGUCCAAAAAAAGAAGAAAAGCCCUUAUUUUUUGCUGUACCCUUUGCUACAGUGCAAAAAACAGAAACACAUAAUACUAUUGAUAUUACUAGAUUGAUUUGCUCAAGUUUUAUUAUCAAUAGUUACAAGACUAAGGAAGAUGGUAGUAUUAUUAAUUUUUUCCCUACGAGAUUAUUUGAUGGUGAAAAAGAUUUUGGUACACCAAACAAUGCUUAUCCAUCUGACACAUAUUUACAAAGAGUUAAAAGCGGUAUUGCAAAAACUGUUGAAUUACCAUCCAGUUUUCAAGGAUUCCGUACUGGUAAGAUUGAUCAUUUAUUAAAUAAUGAAAAAGAAGAUGAUCCACCAUCAGCAUACGAAAGACCAAAGCCACCUUUGAAAUUACCACAUAAAGGAGAAUUUGAAAAAGCUACUGAGCCAAGUUUACCAAUAUAUUUAUCAUAUAGAAAUAAUGUUUCAUCUGCUAAUUCAUUGAUGUCAAAUUUGGUCAGCAGCAAUAAUAAUGCUGGUACUAAUAAUAAUAGUAAUACAAAUAUAAAUACGAAUUGUACUAGUGGAAGCCCUACUGAAAGUGAACUAAGUUUGAAUAAAAUGAAUUCAAAAUCUGCUACCAAGAGAAGAAGAGGAUCAAAUAAUGGUAAUAAUGUUUGCUUGCAUUGUGGUGAUACAUCCACACCAGAAUGGAGACGUGGACCCUAUGGUGAUGGUACUUUAUGUAACGCAUGUGGGUUAUUUUACAGAAAGAUUGUUAGAAGAUUUAGUGCAAUUGGUGCCAAUCUUUUAAUGUGGUUAAGAAAAGACCGAGUUCCAAGCGAUCGUCGAGUUCCAUUAUUUAUUGAAAUUCCAGGACAUUUGAUUUCAAGACUUUGUGAAGAUUCAAAUAUCGAUUGUAAUUUCUAUGGUAUUCAACCUCCAGAAUAA